AUGGGAGGAAAGAGCAACCUGUGGAAGAAAUCCCGAGUUCAAAAUAUUAUCAAACGAUGUGUAAGCCAAAGAGCACCAUUCAACCUACAUGGAAAAGUGAAGGUAGAGAAUCCAAUAGUAGAACUAGAUGGAGAUGAAAUGACAAAAGUUAUAUGGAAAGAUAUAAAAGAAAAAUUAAUAUUGCCAUACUUGGACCUAAAAAUAAAAUAUUUUGAUUUAUCUAUCGAAAAUCGAGACAAGACAAAUGAUCUAGUGACAUUAGAAGCAGCAGAUGAAAUUAAAAAAUCAUCUGUUGGUAUUAAAUGUGCAACAAUUACACCAGAUGCAGCUAGAGUUAAAGAAUUUAAUUUAAAAAAAAUGUGGAAAAGUCCAAAUGGAACCAUAAGAAAUAUAUUAGAUGGUACUGUAUUCAGAGCUCCCAUUUUGAUAAAAAAUAUACCAAGACUAAUACCGAAUUGGAAAAAACCAAUUAUUAUAGGAAGACAUGCAUAUGCAGAUCAGUAUAAACAGAAAUCAUUCAAAAUUGAAAAAAGUGGAAAAUUUGAAAUUGUGUUUACCCCAGAUGAUAAUUCACAAAUUCAAAGGGAAGAAAUAUUUCAUUUCAAUUCACCUGGUGUUUGUUUGGGAAUGUAUAAUACAGAAGCAUCCAUCACCAAUUUUGCUCUUGCAUGUUUCCAAUAUGCAUUAGAUUUAAAAAUGCCUGUUUAUAUGAGUACAAAAAGUACUAUACUCAAAAUAUAUGAUGGAUUAUUUAAGGAUAUUUUUCAAGAAAUUUACGAUAACAAGUUCAAAAAAGAAUUUGAAAAAAAUAAUUUAUGGUAUGAACAUAAAUUAAUUGAUGAUAUGGUUGCACAAGUCUUAAAAUCAGAAGGUGGAUUUGUAUGGGCAUGUAAAAAUUAUGAUGGGGAUAUACAAUCGGAUGCUGUUGCACAAGGAUAUGGAAGUCUCGGUUUAAUGAGUUCCAUUCUAAUGUGUCCAGAUGGAACCACUUGUGUUUCAGAAGCAGCACAUGGUACUGUCACAAGACAUUAUCGAUGUUAUCAAAAAGGACAGAAAACAUCAACAAAUCCUAUUGCAUCUAUCUUUGCGUGGACAAGAGGAUUACAACACAGGGCUAAAUUAGAUCGAAAUCAAGCACUCCAACAAUUUUGCAAUGCUCUUGAGAGAGCAUGUAUAGAAACUGUUGAAGAUGGGUUAAUGCCAAAGGACCUUGCUUCAUGUAUCAAGGGUCUUAAAAAUGUAACAGAAAAAGAUUAUCUAUAUACAGAAGAUUUCAUAAAUGCCAUUAAUGAAAAACUUAAAUUCAAGUUACUUGCAAAUCAGUCAAAACAUGAUUCCCACAAUGCAACUACUACAAAGUUGCACAACGAAAAUUGGAAUAAUUAUGCCCCUCAAGAACAUUCUUCCUGA